GGAAGUUCCACGUCAGAUGAGAGUGUGUGUAUCUUACUGUGUGUGUGUGUGAGGGAGUGUGUGUGUCCAGCUGGAGCUUUAGUGAGCUGCGGAUACAGCAGCAGCAGCAGAUCUGCGAUUAGAAAGAGCGAAAACCCACUAAAAGCAGCAGAAUGCCUCUGAGGCUGGACAUCAAGCGCAAGCUCACGGCUCGGUCCGACCGUGUCAAGAGCGUGGACCUUCAUCCCACGGAGCCAUGGAUGCUGGCCAGUCUGUACAACGGCAGCGUCUGCGUCUGGAACCAUGAAACACAAACCUUGGUGAAGACGUUUGAAGUGUGCGACCUGCCAGUACGAGCCUCAAAGUUUGUGGCCAGGAAAAACUGGGUUAUCACUGGAGCAGAUGAUAUGCAGAUUCGGGUUUUCAACUACAACACACUAGAACGGGUCCAUAUGUUCGAGGCUCAUUCGGAUUAUAUCCGCUGCAUUGCUGUGCACCCCACCCAGCCCUACAUCCUUACUAGUAGUGAUGACAUGCUGAUUAAGCUGUGGGACUGGGAGAAGAAGUGGUCCUGUAGCCAGGUGUUUGAGGGCCACACACACUACGUCAUGCAGAUCGUCAUCAACCCCAAAGACAACAACCAGUUUGCUAGUGCAUCGCUGGACAGAACCAUCAAGGUCUGGCAGCUGGGAUCCUCGUCUCCUAACUUCACUCUGGAGGGUCAUGAGAAAGGAGUGAACUGCAUUGAUUAUUACAGUGGAGGAGAUAAGCCUUAUCUUAUUUCUGGAGCUGAUGACAGGCUGGUGAAGAUUUGGGACUAUCAGAAUAAGACGUGUGUGCAGACUCUUGAAGGUCAUGCUCAGAAUGUAUCAUGUGUGAGCUUCCACCCAGAGCUGCCCAUCAUCGUCACAGGAUCUGAGGAUGGCACAGUACGUAUCUGGCACUCCAGCACUUAUCGACUGGAGAGCACACUGAACUACGGCAUGGAGCGGGUGUGGUGUGUCUGUGGCCUGCGUGGCUCCAACAAUGUGGCGUUAGGUUAUGAUGAGGGCAGCAUCAUUAUCAAGCUUGGUCGUGAAGAGCCAGCCAUGUCAAUGGAUACCAAUGGAAAGAUUAUCUGGGCUAAGCACUCUGAGGUUCAGCAGGCUAACCUAAAGGCAAUGGGGGAUGCUGAGAUUAAAGAUGGAGAGAGGCUGCCUCUGGCUGUAAAAGACAUGGGCAGCUGCGAGAUCUACCCACAGACUAUUCAACACAACCCUAAUGGAAGGUUUGUGGUGGUGUGUGGAGAUGGGGAGUACAUCAUCUACACAGCAAUGGCUCUGAGGAACAAAAGCUUCGGCUCAGCUCAGGAGUUUGUCUGGGCCCACGACUCCUCAGAAUAUGCGAUCAGAGAAAGCAACAGCUUGGUGAAAAUCUUCAAGAACUUCAAGGAGAAGAAGUCUUUCAGGCCAGACUUUGGAGCUGAAGGUAUCUAUGGUGGAUUUUUGCUGGGCGUCAGGUCUGUUAACGGUUUGGCCUUCUAUGACUGGGAGAACACAGAGCUGAUUCGACGCAUUGAGAUUCAACCCAAACAUAUCUUCUGGUCAGACUCUGGAGAGCUGGUGUGUAUCGCCACUGAGGAGUCCUUCUUCAUCCUGCGCUAUCUGGCUGAUAAAGUGGCUGCAUCUCAAGAGUCUAAUGAGGGAGUGACUGAAGAUGGUAUUGAAGAUGCUUUUGAGGUUCAAGGUGAGAUCCAGGAGAUUGUAAAGACAGGUCUGUGGGUGGGAGACUGCUUCAUCUACACAAGCUCUGUCAACAGGCUCAACUACUUUGUAGGAGGAGAGAUUGUCACCAUCGCCCACCUGGACAGGACUAUGUACCUGCUGGGCUACAUCCCUAAAGAUGACCGACUGUACCUGGGAGACAAGGAGCUGAACAUUGUUAGUUACUCUCUACUGGUGUCGGUUCUGGAGUACCAGACGGCGGUAAUGCGGCGAGACUUUGGAAUGGCCGAUAAAGUACUUCCCACCAUUCCAAAAGAGCAGAGGACCAGAGUGGCCCAUUUUCUGGAGAAACAGGGCUUCAAGCAGCAGGCACUUGCUGUAUCCACUGACCCAGAGCACAGAUUUGAGCUUGCUCUGCAAUUAGGAGAACUGAAGAUCGCCUACCAAUUAGCAGUAGAAGCAGAGUCUGAGCAGAAGUGGAAGCAGUUGGCUGAGCUGGCCAUCAGCAAGUGCCAGUUUGGGCUGGCCCAGGAGUGCCUCCAUCAUGCCCAGGACUAUGGUGGCUUGCUGCUGCUGGCCACCGCCUCCGGUAACGCUGCUAUGGUGAGCAAACUGGCCGAAGGUGCCGAGCGCGAUGGCAAGAACAACGUGGCCUUUAUGACCUACUUCCUGCAGGGGAAAUUGGACCAGUGUCUGGAACUCCUGAUCAGGACCAAUCGGUUGCCUGAGGCUGCCUUUUUGGCUCGCACGUAUCUACCCAGCCAAGUGUCCAGAGUGGUGAAGCUGUGGAGAGAGAGCCUGUCUAAAGUAAACCAAAAGGCAGCCGAGUCUCUGGCCGACCCCACGGAGUACGAGAACCUAUUCCCUGGCCUGAAGGAGGCUUUUGUGGCCGAGCACUUUCUCCGUGAGACCUGCCUGGGCAAGACUAGACCGGCUACUGACUACCCACUGGUCACGCCUAAUGAGGAGCGGAACGUGUUGGAGGAAGCCAGUGGUUAUGAGCCCAAAGGAGUUUUACCUACUCCACCACAGCAGGUAGACGACUCUGAGGAAGCUCCAGCAGAAGCAGGUGUCCUGGCCUCAGUCAUGGCCGCAGUUUCAGCUCCUGUAGCCUCUGCAGUAGCUAGUUUUGCUCCUCCAGAGCCUGAACCUGUUAAAGAGCCAGAAGUGGACAUCGAAGUAGGGGAUGAACUGAAAGACAAGACUCUGGAGGAACUGGAAGACGACUUGGACAACAUGGAGCUGGAUGACAUCGACACCACAGACGUCAACCUGGACGACGACUUCUUAGACGAUUAAACCCCGAUACGGAAGCAUUGAGUUUUAUUUAAGAGACCAAGCCCUUUUGUACUUGUUCAUGUCGUUUGUCAUGCAGCUCCUCAAGCAGGAACAGGGAUGUACGUCUGAUGGGGACUGAGGUGAAUAUAUGGCUCCCCUCAGGACCGUGAAUGAAAAGAUGUGGAGAAUUAUCUUGUCAGUUUAAAAUUUUGUAUUUCAUGCAGGACCUCCAGCUGGUUGUUUCUUCUUCUUUUUUUUUUCCUUCAUCCAUUCAUUAAAGUGUAUAUUUACAUUCAUGUUUGUCUUACAAUGUUAAACCAAUCACUCAUAAAUAAAUAUCAAUUUCAACUUC